GAUGAGGAGAUCUGAAACUGCUCUCCCUCUCUCCGUCUUCUCUGCGAACACCUCAGCGGACGCUCUCAACACUUGUUGCUUCAUGGAGAUUCACCCACUAAAGUCCCACCACUAUUUUCCAAGAAAUUAUAUUUUCAAAUCCAGGCUGCUUGCCUACAUUUAUUUUAUUCUUCAUAUGCCCCCCACUUCAUCUGGAAUCACCUGGAGUGGUUGUAUGAAAGUCUUCUGCUACACAUUGCUGUAGUGGGGGCAAAAGCAUGGCUUGGUUCAGUGUAAACAGCAGCAACAUCACUUUGGAGAGCUUUCUGUCUAGAGAUGAGCCGCGAGAUGAGCGCCUGGCUCAGGUGGAAAUAGCUCUUCUGUCCGUCAUCUUCGUCACUGCCGGAAUCCUAAACUUCGGGGUCUUGUUGGUGCUGUGGAAGCGGAGGAAGCAGCUCUCCAGGAUGCGCGUCUUCGUUUUCCACCUGUGCGUCGCCGAUCUGGUGGUCACAUUUUUCCAAGUUUGUCCCCAACUCAUGUGGGACAUCACCGACAGAUUCGUCGGUCCAGACAUAUUGUGUCGCGCCGUGAAGUACCUGCAGGUGGUCGGGAUGUUUGCCUCCACUUAUAUGAUAGUAGUGAUGACGAUAGACCGAUACCAAGCCAUCUGCAACCCCAUGGUGACUUUCCAGAGGGGCAGGGCGCGCUGGAACGGCCCGGUGUGCGCCGCAUGGUGCGUCUCUCUCAUCGGCAGCCUCCCGCAGAUCUUUAUCUUCUCUCGGGUCGAGGUCGCUCCCGGAGUGUUCGACUGCUGGGCGCAGUUCAUCAAGCCGUGGGGACCAAAAGCCUACGUGACCUGGACGACUCUGGUAAUAUUCGUGCUGCCCAUCCUCAUGGUAAUCGUGUGUCAGGUGCGCAUUUGCCGCAGUCUGCACCUUAACUUUCACAUGAAGACGCACCACGUUGGGGAGGUGGUCAGUAAGUCGCUGUCCUCCCGGGCCAGCAGCGUGGCUGGGGUGUCCAAGGCGAGGGUGAAGACGCUGAAGAUGACCGUGGUCAUCGUGCUCGCCUACAUCAUCUGCUGGGCGCCUUUCUUCACCGUGCAGCUCUGGUCUGUCUGGGACGAUGAGGCGCCUACUCAGACUGCAACCUUCACCAUCUUGAUGCUGCUGGCCAGUCUCAACAGCUGUGUGAACCCCUGCAUCUACCUGCUGUUCAGCGGUAAUCUGCCCAAGAGUCUGGUGGUCCUGAUGUGUGGGGAUCAGCCUGAUCUGAAGGGGUCCAUCCAGGAAGAGACCACCAUGGUCAGCUCCCUGUACAUCAGUCUCAAGAGCUUGUCAGACUGCAGAUAAAAGUAUCAACACCUCAAUCCUGCUUUAGUUGUGGGGACAAACAUCACAGCAGAACUACAAGUCCCUGUAGUAACUGUAUAUAUGUGACAGUGAAGCAUUACGUAUGAUAGUAUCCAUAAAGUUACUAUUUUUAUGUUUUCCGUGGUGUUAUUUUUAAGAUGGCGGCCUGUUGAUUGUGAUUUUGAGUGAAUAGCUGUUUUGAUCGUUACUGGGUGGAUUGCCAUGAAUUUCGGGUCAGACAUUUAUGCACCCCAGUGGCUAAAUUCUACUGACUUUGGUAAUCCCUUUAACUUUUUCUCUAGUGUCGUCAUCAGGCGAAAUUUUAAUUUGUGCAAUGCCUGGAAAACUAAUGACAUUCCGAUCAACCGCAGUCAUGUUUACUGACAAGUACAAAUUUUAGGAUGCAAACACACUAAACUAAACAGCAUUUAGCUCAACGCACCACUGUGUCUAAAUACGACCUCACAGGACCACUAGCAUGGCUGUAGGCUCUUAGGUUUUUAGUCAUCAAUACUCAGUGAGAUGUGGCAAAUGUUCUGACAAAUGUCAGGCUAUGCCAGCGUGGGACCCGUCAAGAGGCAAAAAUAUACUCCAGCUCUGACCUACCUUGUCCUUUAAUUGCCACUGACCCAGGCAAAGAGCAGAUACUCUGUGGACUAAAUCUGCUUCAGCUGAAGUACUGGUGGCGUAAAAUGUGGCUUAGCGCAAUGUUUCUUUUUUCUGUUAAUCGUUAAUGUUAAUUUGUUGUAUUGUAAAUAUUAAUUGUUAAGAAUCAUGAAAUGGAAACACCAUUUGCAUGUAAUCUUUGUUGUCAGAUGUUUACGUAAAAGCUGAUCUUCUGUAAUGAUAAUAAUUCUCUAAAUUCAGCUAUGUACUAUGUGAACUGAAAGUGUUUCAUUCAAAUGUAAAUGUGGUUUAUCUUGUAAGUAUGUAAUAGUUUAUGUAUGAAUCUUUUGAAUGUUAUUCUUCAUUCUGCUUUUCCAUCUGUAUAUAUGAUCAUAUGUAAGAGAAUGACCAAUAUCUGUUAGAUGUUGGUUAAAAUAGUUUUCACACAGUAGAUGGGUCUGUGUUUGUUAAAUCUGAAGUGUCUUCAGAUUCAGACUUGCAGCAAGAUUCUCACUGAUAAAAGUGUCAACAUGUUAACUUUUUCUCUCAAACCCGAAGGAGGGAAGUUCUUCAAGGUGCUGCCAAAUAAACUGUUGUAAAUUUUCACAUGCCCAUUUUCUUUCCUCC